UUCCGUUCGCAGUGCGUCAAAUUAGAUCCUACUCUAUUGAAAAAUGACCGGUCGCGGCAAGGGAGGCAAAGGUCUGGGAAAAGGUGGCGCCAAGCGUCACAGGAAGGUGCUCCGCGAUAACAUCCAGGGCAUCACCAAGCCGGCUAUUCGUCGUUUGGCUCGCAGGGGCGGCGUGAAGCGUAUCUCCGGUCUGAUAUACGAAGAGACGCGCGGCGUGCUGAAGGUGUUCCUCGAGAACGUGAUCCGCGACGCGGUCACGUACACCGAGCACGCCAAGAGGAAGACCGUCACCGCCAUGGACGUGGUCUACGCCCUGAAACGCCAGGGCCGUACUCUGUACGGUUUCGGCGGUUAAUUUACUAGCGGAGCGGCGGUGGCGAUAUAUCGAAUUGUAGCGAGCAUACAACGGAACGUUAAUUUCAGCUGUAUACUUAAAGCAAAGCGAUACAAGAAACUAAAAAGGCCCUUCUCAGGGCCGCAAACUUUUCGUGAGAUCCAAAUCGGUUUCCCGAGAGCGGUAUAGAU